AUGCUUCUUAGAUUGACUCGAGUACAGAAUUGUAUACCUCAGCUCGACACUUGGGUCACUCUCAGCUCACUCAAACCCAAUCGCCAGCUUUCAGUCCCCACGCGACCCGUCACUUCGCUCGGGCAGCCUGGCCUCCGAGUUGGAUCCCGACCGCUGGUGAUGGAACGCCCAUCCAAACGAGCAAGACUGUCUCCAGACCCAAGUAGAGCAGACGAGAACCAUCAAGUUACGGCCUCGACACCCUUGGUUUCUUUACACAGGGCGAUCACUCCGCCUCCCAGGUCCCGUUCCCGGCAAUCACCAGGACUCAAUACUGCAUGUCCAGAGCUCAAAAAUGACCAGAUUCUUACCCAAGAACCGGAAUUGACCGAGGCCAUCUCCAAAAAGGCACCUCGAAUUGUUCCAUCUCCUGUCCAACUUAGUCACAUCGAGGGUUUCCCUUCAACUAAGGCUUACAAUGUCGACACGAUCAGACUUCGUGACAUUCUUGGGGAUCCAAUGAUUCGCGAGUGCUGGAACUUCAACUACUUGUUUGACGUGGACUUUGUGAUGAAUCAAUUUGACGAGGACGUUCGGAGUUUGGUGCAAGUCAAAGUCGUGCAUGGGUCUUGGGAGAAGGAGGCUGCUAAUCGAAUCCGGGUGGAAGAAGCAUGCGCUCGAUAUCCAAAUGUCGAACCUAUCAUAGCUUACAUGCCCGAGCGGUUCGGGACGCAUCAUUCGAAGAUGAUGAUUCUCUUGCGGCAUGAUGAUCUUGCUCAAGUUGUCAUACACACCGCAAACAUGAUCCGGGGAGACUGGACGAACAUGACACAGGCUGUGUGGCGGUCCCCAUUGCUCCCUCUUUCUCCAGCAGAAUCUUCAACUUCUUCACAUGCCCAAUCAGCCAUUGGUACUGGUCUACGUUUCAAGAGAGAUCUACUCUCAUACUUGAAGGCUUAUGGGCCUAAAAAGACCGGUUCACUGGUUCAGCAACUUAAUCGUCAUGAUUUCGGGUCUAUUCGUGCAGCGCUUGUGGCAAGUGUUCCAUCUAAGCAGGAUUUUGGCAUUCUCAACUCCGAGGUUGCUACUAUAUGGGGCUGGCCUGCUUUGAGAGAUCUUAUGAAUCGUAUACCUAUAAAGAAGCAUCCCAAGGAAGGAAAAGAAGGAAAAGACCAAAAGGGCUCGACGCCUCAUAUUGUCGCUCAAAUCUCUUCCGUGGCCUCCCUCGGCCAGACAGAUAAGUGGCUGAAGGAAGUCUUUUUUAGAUCACUCGCGCCAGCCGCAAAGCCAAAACCCAAAUACUCCAUCAUUUUCCCAACUCCAGACGAAAUUCGGCGCUCGCUGGAUGGCUACGGGUCUGGAGGAUCAAUUCAUAUGAAGAUACAAAGCGCGCCACAGCAAAAACAACUGCAGUAUAUGCGUCCACAUCUCUGUCACUGGGCAGGUGAUAACCCGUCGAAUACCAACAUUGUCGAUCUAUCCGAAGACAGACCCCACAAGCGUGAAGCUGGUCGGGCUCGUGCCGCACCUCAUAUCAAAACCUAUAUCCGGUUUUCAGAUGCAGAAACCAUGGAUACCAUCGACUGGGCAAUGGUGACUUCUGCAAAUCUGUCCACACAGGCUUGGGGAGCUGCAACAAAUGCGAACGGUGAAGUAAGAAUUUCUAGCUGGGAGAUUGGUAUCGUUGUGUGGCCAGAGCUGUUCGCGGAUGACCUUGCCUUUUCGGAUCCCACAUCAGAAUCUUCCGCGUUGAUGGUUCCCUGCUUCAAGCGCGAUCGACCCAGCUCGGCUUCUGACACUCUAGGAAAGGAACCCUCCACCAUUGUUGGAUUCCGAUUGCCAUACGAUCUCCCCCUCACACCAUACAGCGCAUCAGACGAGCCAUGGUGUGCGACCAAGUCGCACGAUCUUCCUGACUGGCAAGGUCUUUCUUGGGCCGUCUGA